AUGUUAUAAGAAGCUUAUUAUAUUUGUGUGAGUACAUAAUGCUAAAAGGAAAGAAUAUUAAAAAAUUGGGAAUCCAUUGUUGCUCAUUAAAAUGAAGGUCAUGAAGUAAUAUAGAAAGAAGAUUUAAUUAAUACUAUUAAUGUUAAAUUAAACAAAAAGAAAACAACUUUACUUUAAGAUUUAUUAGCAAGAAUUCAUAAAAUAAUGAAUAAUUAAGAAGAUGCUUUGAUAUCUUUAAUAAAUCAAAAAUUUUUUGAAUCUUACACAAAUUGGAAAGAGUAAAUCUAAUCAUUUUAGCAAUUUUAAGAUUCCUUACUUCCAAAUUAAAUUGAUGAAAAUACAACUAUUUCUAAAUUAAUUGAUAUCUAUUAGAAUUUAGAUAAUGAAUAACUUCACUUUUUUAAAGAUUGUCUAUAUUAAACAGAAUAACAAUAUAAUGCACUCUAGAUAUAAAUAAAGAUGUCUUUAAAUAAAUCUGAUGAAUAAUUUAAAAUGCUUCAAUAAUCUUUAUUUAAUUAAAUAUAAGAAAAUAAAAAGUAAAGAGAAUUAAAAUUAUAAUAUCAUUAAAAUAACAAUAAAAUAUAGAUUGUUAAUUUUUAAAAUACAUAAUCAGAAACUGUACCAAUAUAAUAAAAAGAUAUUAUAAUAAAAAAUACAAUAGAUUUUUAGAAUACUUUUAAGGAUAUUUAAUUAAAGAAUGAUUUUUAAAUUGAAAAAGAAACAUUAAUUUUACAAGAAAUCAAUCAAUAAAGAGAAUAGAAUCAAAAGAAUCAUUAUGAUCGUUAAGAAAAUGGAUAUAAUUUAACUACUAAUAAUAACAAUAAUAAAUUAAAUGAGAAAUCACAAAAAUAUAUUGUAUUGACAAAAUAAAAGGAAAUUCGUAAUAAUUAACAUUUUGAAUAAUAUUCUAAUGUCAAAUAAAAUUCUGAAGAACUUAUUUAAAGUUUAAAAUUAUAAUCAGAUACUUAAUAUAUUAAAAAAUCAGAAAAUAAUAUUAAAGAUAAUAAAUAGCUAACAGAUAUCAUAUCUGAAAUUAAAAUAUUACCUUUAAAAGGAUACAAAGAUCAUUAACAAUAAUAAAAUAAUAUAUAAAAUGUUAAUAGCAAAGAUUAAAUUGAAUAAUCUAUAACUUCAGUUAAUCAAAUAAUUCACUAAUCAUCCAUUUCACCAUCAAAACCCCCACCUUUAAAAGGUUAUAAGGAUAGAUAAAAUGAAGAACAAAAAAAUAUAAAAUUAACAAGAUCUAAUGAUAAAAGAAAUUAUUUAGAUACUGAUUAAAUCAAAGAUAUAUCAUAAAACACAUCAAAAAGAUUUGAUAUAGAUAAAUCUGAAAAACAUAUGAAAUAUUCUAAUAAAUUUAGCACAAUCUUUAGUAUAAAAGAGUGUUUUGCUGUUGUUGAUGGAGUUUUUAAAUUAACAGAUAAUCAUUAAUUUCAUAUUUAUUUAAGGUCUUCAGUAGAAAGUUAUGAAAUAGAAACAGGAAUGAUUAAUUUAACUUAAAUAAAGUAAAAAAAUGCAUUUCCAUCAAUUUAUGGAAUCAAUGAAAAAGGAGGUAUUUAAUCAAUUUAUUAUUUUAGAACUUUUGUUUAAUUAAACAAAAACUCCAAUUAAAUUAAACUUAAAUUAAUCCUAUUUAUUUGCAUAUAGAAAAGAUGAAAAAAAUCUAAUAUGUUUAGAUUCAAUGAAUAAUAUUCAAUAUGCAAUACAAUUACCAAACGAUGAAAAUUCUGAUUAUGUCUUCUUUAUUAAAAUGAGCAAUCUAGAAGUCUAACUUAUUUGA